UAUGUGGAGUAGUUCGCAACUUCGGCUGAAGCAGUUACACCGUACUAAUCUUUCACUUGCGUCAUUUCCUCUUCGCUCUUUUCCCAGCCAUCUUGCGAACGGCGACAUGGCUGCCCACAAGACGUUCCGGAUAAAACAGAAGCUCGCCAAGAAGCUCAAGCAAAACCGGCCGAUUCCUCAAUGGAUCAGGAUGAAGACCGGUAACACCAUCCGCUACAACGCCAAGAGGCGUCACUGGCGCCGUACCAAACUGAAGCUGUAAGGUGGUGCCUGGUGCAGCCAAGUGUCUCGUGGGGGACUGUGAUCCGUAUUCUCAUCGUGCGUCACUCUCAUCGCAACUGUGAUGGUCUUGGCUGGAAUUAAAGUGCUUGAACUUUGCUCAUCGCAA